AUGCGCUAUCUCAAUUGGAUCACAUCGCCAACCUCUUAUCAGAAUGCCCAUGGUUCAGAUGGCUACGCAACCAACACCAACAAUAUAUUCUUCGCGCAGAAAACGGUGUCGACAUUUAGACAUCACACGGCUCACCCCAACUUUGGCCACCUGAUCCUCCUCGUGUUCGAGGCCGUAUUAGAGGUCGUCUGCGUCAGUCUUCCAGGCUACAUCGUCGCGAGGCAAGGCAUGUUCGAUGCCGAAGCACAAAAGUUUCUGGCUAAUCUGAAUGUGAUGCUUUUCACUCCAUGUUUGAUCUUCUCCAAGCUUGCCUCACAGUUGACCGCGGAGAAGCUCGUCGAGCUUGCCAUUAUCCCCUUUAUCUUCAUAAUACAAACUUUGGUAUCAUACCUGUGUGCCGUGGCGGUCUCGAAAUGCUUUCGAUUCAAGAAGCGUCAGAAGAAUUUUGUUAUUGCAAUGGGGGUCUUCGGAAAUUCCAAUUCGCUUCCAAUAUCAUUAGUCAUAUCUCUCUCCAAGACGCUUCGUGGAUUGCAUUGGGUUAAGGUGCCGAACGACAAUGAUGACGAGGUUGGGGCCAGAGGCAUUCUUUACCUCCUGAUUUUUCAGCAGCUAGGCCAGCUUCUGAGGUGGAGUUGGGGCUACAACGUUCUUCUAGCACCGGCAGACAAGUACUCGGAGGAGGAUGGUGGCACGUAUUCCUCACGACGUCUCGAACAAGGACCUGGACGGUAUAGAGACAUCCCGGAAGAUGAUUCCCCUCGUACUCUUCUUGAUAACUCUUAUGACGGAGAGUACGAUAGUGAAAACGGAGACGACGAAGAAACGAGAGUUGGCGAUGGCUCAUCUGGCAGCUUUUCUCCUGGCACGAAGACACCCAUCAAGUCACAUGCCCGCGGCUCUACUCAGUCUUCAAGAUCCGCUUCUCCCAAGCGACAAGGAAAAUUCAGCAACAUCCCAGACCUUUUGUCCACCCCUGCAAAUGGAAAUAUUUUACCCCGCCAGAACGGUCACAUCACUUCAUUUCCGACAGUGGACCCAGAUACGGAUGUUGUGGACACCGGGGGCUUCACAGGAAUUUGGCAAAAGUUCAAACAUUCGCUCAAAGUGGCAUCAACUCGGAUAGGGGCUUUCUUCAGCUCGACCGGCAAGGCGAUGUUUUACGCACUACCAAAAGCAUUUCAGUCAUUUCUUGCUCGACUAUACCGAGGCCUGAGUCAUUUCUUGUCCGGCCUUUGGGAAUUCAUGAAUCCUCCUUUAUGGGCAAUGCUUGUUGCCAUUCUUGUGGCUUCAGUGCCCCCCUUGCAGCAUGUCUUCUUUACACCGGGCACCUUCAUACAGAACUCCGUGACUAGAGCCAUCAGCCAGAGCGCAGGGGUGGCGGUCCCUCUCAUCUUGGUCGUACUGGGUGGCAAUCUGGCUAGGAACACCCUACCAAAGGAGACACCGGGCGAAAUCUCUGAUCCCAAAGAGGGAAGGAACUUGCUGAUUGCCUCACUCGUCAGUCGUAUGGUUCUCCCUACGGUUUUGAUGGCACCCAUGUUGGCCCUCAUGGCAAAGUACAUCCCUGUCAGCAUCGUGGACGACAAAAUCUUUGUCAUUGUGUGCUUCUUGCUUACCGGUGCGCCUACGGCGCUCCAACUGGCUCAAAUUUGCCAGGUCAACAAUGUGUAUAUGGGGGUCAUGUCCAAGAUACUGUUUCAGAGCUACGUGGUGUGGAUUCUGCCUUCAACCUUGAUUCUCGUCAUGUGUGCAUUGGAAGUAGUUGAAUGGGCUGGACCAGCAAGCUGA